AAACAAAAAUGAGUAUUUCUAUGAUAUAAUGUCAUUCAUAUAUAUAUAUAUAUAUACCACGGUACUUAAUGAUUACUAUAUCCAUAAACCAUGGUAUAUCAAAGAAUUCAAAGGUAUGGUGAAUACACCCAAAAACAUGGUAUGUUGAAAUAAAAACAUGGCAUUUCACAAAAACGUGAUAGUGCCAUGAUUGUCUGAAAACGUAACUUUGCGUGUUAUUGCAAAUAUGCAUUGAUUCCACUGUGCAAAAUAAUUUAAAUGUCAAGGUUUUGUAAGGUCACAGCUCUCGUGCUGCUGAGGGAAUACUUUUCUUUGUAUUGUUGAAACAACUGGAGCUUAGAUAUAGCCUACAACGUACCUCACAUGAUCACUUUUGUGUUCAAUAAAAAAAAGUGUGCAGCCACUGAUAGACUCAUUAUUGGCUAUAUUUUUGGCUAUUAAUCUAGUAGUAUAUUUACGGUAUCGUGUCCGGAAGCAACUCUUUUCUGCAGUUCACCGCCAGGCGGCGCUGUGUGGCGCAGAACACCGAUCCUCCAUCGAGACACAUUCAGAUCUGAGGACGUUUUUACAGUAGAUAUUUGUACACUAGAACGUAUAAAUAGUCAAAGACUGGAAGUAAACCAAUUAAUUGAACCAAUAAAAAAAAAAUAUACAUACAUACAUUCAUGAUAGCUUACAAACACUGAUAGCUUACAAACUAAUAUACAUUGAAAUAAAAAUAUGCAAUUGAAAAAAAUAAAAAUACAUAAGAAUUCAAAAAUAUAUAUUAAUUCCUGGCCGCUAAACCCCGCCCAUUCUGUCAUCGUCAUGUCAUUUUCGCAGUCAUUCUAUCAGUUUAUCCGGUUUCUUUAUGCAUUUUAAACAGCCAGACGUGGUGAAAUGCGCAAUUAAAAUAAAAAAGUAAUGAAAUAAGAUAAUUAUUUCCUAAACGCUAAACCCCGCCCACUCUGUCAUCGUCCUGUCACUCUCCCUGUCGUUGUGAGUUUAUUCGGUUUCUUUGAGGAAAUUUGAGGAUUUUAAACAGUCAGAUGUGGUAAAAUACGCAAUUAAAAUAAAAAAAUAAAAGAGAGUAAUUAAAAUAGAUAAUUAUGUCCUGGCCGCUAAGCCCCGCCCAUGCUGUCAUCGUCCUGUCAUUCUCGCUGUCAUUGUCAGUUUAUACGGUUUCUUUGAGGAACUAUGUGGAUUUUAAACAGUCAGACGUGCUGAAAUACGCAAUUAAAAUAAAACAAAAAAAGAAUAAUUAAAAAAGAAAAUUAUUUCCUGGCCGCUAAACCCCGCCCACUCUGCCAACGUCCUGUCAUUCUCGCUGCCACUCUAUCCAUCCAUUUAUUCGGUUUCUCUGAGGAAAUAUGUGGGUAUUUAAACCGCUGGACGUGGCGAUCUAGUUCAUUAGGGCGUAUUUUCGAAAUCGGACAUUCUUUAAUUGAUAAAACCAGUGAUUUUGAUCAGAGAGAGAUCAUGUCGUUCUGCUCGUUCCAGGCGCAGCUCAUGUCCAUCAUGGACAUUGUGGCCAAAGCGGCGGAAGCGGAAAUCAAGCGGCGCGUGGAGGAGAGCUGCGCGGUCAUCAGACUGGAGCUGAGCCGCAGCCGGAAGGACAUCGAUGCUCUCAAGAGGAAAUGCUUGCUUAUGGACAGCGAACUGAGGAGGGUCAGAGGUCGGGGCAGGAGGAGAGUGUUUCAGUGUGGAGCAUCAGAACGCUUUCCUACACCGUUCAAGACACAGAGAGAGAUCAGAGAUCAAGACCAGAAUCCAGAUCAGACCCCCAGCAUCCAACAGUCUGUCUGUUCGCUGCAGGAGAGAAUCGGCGAUCCGGUGAUCAAACAAGAGUGCCAGGAAUCCAGCAGUGCUGACGGAGGGAAUCGUCCCUUCGAUCACGAGCAGCAGAACAUCCAGCAGAUCCAAGCUCAGGAGAACACGGAGAACCAAAAACCACCGUUAGGAGCUUCAGAGAUCCAAAACUCACGUUUCACUCAUUCACAGACGCCCGCGGAGCGAGAGAAACGCGAUGAAGAGCAUCUGAGCGGUUUGGGACUCCAGGUUAAAGCGGAGAAGGACGAUGAGGAGCCGAGAGUUCAUCUGAGGUUUGCUCAGCUGUGGACGGCGUUGCCUGAAACGGCCGCUGAAAACACAGACCGGACGUUUCCAACGUCACAAAACAUGGCCGUCUUCAGCUCAGAAGCGUCCAGAAAUAAUCUGCAUCCUGUAGAGACACAAAUGGAGCUUUAUGAGCCGGAACAGAUCAAUGCAAACGAUCAAAUGAUGAGUGCUGUAUGCACCCAGGGUGAAGUGGACAGGGUUCCAGCGUUUGGUCAGAAGCGCUUCUGCUGCUCGUUCUGCGAGAAGAGCUUCAGUCGGUUCGGUCAGCUCAAGGAGCAUCUGCGCAGUCACACGGGCGAGAAGCCCUUCGCCUGCGCUCAGUGCGGCCGCAGCUUCACCAAACACUGCAAUCUGAUCCGGCACGCCGUGGUGCACAGCGGAGAGAAGCCGUACCAGUGCGGUCAGUGCGGGAAACGCUUCACACAGCGCUCCAGUCUCAAAUCACACCAGAGGACGCACUCCAGCACAUGGGAUCAUCACAGCUGACGUCUGCAAACACCUCACGCUGAUUCAUUUGGAAACACAGAGGACCAAAUUAACCCCUUAAAGGGAUAGUUCAUCAGUGUUUAUCUGCUUACCCACAGGGCAUCUAAGAAGUAGGUGACUUUGUUUCUUCAGAAGAACACAAACCAGACCGAUCGUUUUGUGUCUUUUUUUUCUCUCAAAGCCGUGAGGCCCAUUGACUGGCAUUAUAUGACUGACAGACUGCAACGGUUUGAGUUAAAAAUCUUCGUUUGUGUUCUACUGAAGAAACAAAGUCACCUAUAUCUUGGAUGCCCCGGGGGUCAGCAGAUACACAUCACAUUUUCAUUUUUGGGUGAACUAUCCCUUUAAGUGUCACCCAUCACCCCAUUUUUGAGCAUAGACGUGAAAGUGCACUAUACAAACUUAUAUUAUAAUUCAUAAACGCUUUGGAAUACAGACCUAAGGAUGGACUCUUUUUUUUAAGAAGACAAUCUUCUUAACUCUUUCCCUGGCUGCAUUUUUGCUGAUUUUCACUAAAAUUUCAUGGCCCCCAGAAUAUUUUGUUGUAUGAAUAUCUGAACAUGCAAACAUCAAAAUAAAGAACAGACCCUUUACUUUCAGAAAAAAAAAAAAAAAAUCAGUUUUAUUCUAGCUUCAAGCCUUUUUUUAUUUAUCAACACUUGAAUGUAGGUAGGUUUCAUAAAAAGGCAACAUUUUGAGCAAAAAUGCAUUUUUAAUCAAAUACUACAUCUGGAUCAUAUUCAGUAUGAGGAUCAAAGCAAAGAUGCAUUAGAUGGCUUCCAUCAGUAUCCCAAAGCUUGCACAGGCCUUUAACACUUUCAAUUACCACUUGAUUACUAAAAUAUGUGACACAGAAAAAGAGCGCCUUUGGGUGACACUUAAGGGGUUAAACACUUUUAAUAUCAUAAAUGACUGUUGCAAUACUUAAAUGUACUUUUUACACUUUCAAAUUGUAUUUUCAUAUUUUAUUUUAAGAUUGUAUUGGAUGACGUGUUUUUUGUGUAAUUUGUAAAUCUAUGAUUGUCUGCAUGAUUGAAUAAAACAAAUGCUCAGAAAUGGUUCGACUGUAAAGGCUCGUUCACACCAAGAGCGUUCACUAUAAAGAUAUUAACGAUAUCGUGUUUAUUCUAAGCGCACGCUCGUUAAAUUCUCCAGCUCGUUAUAGCAGGAUGGAUUCUGAUUGGGUGUCAGUUUGUAUCGUUCAUCAGCUGGAAAAAAUUGUUCUGAAAGUGAUUCCAGCAAUAUUGUUUCUCUGUGUCUUUAUCAUUAUAAUUGUGGUGUGGAUUCUGCUAUUCUUUAAUAUUCUGAAUGAUUUUUAGAACUAUAUCCUUAUCGUUAUCUUUAUAGUUAUUGUCCUUGGUGUGAACGGGCCUUUACAGUUUGGUAAUUAUGUAGUAAAUUGGACUCAAUUUAGAUUUUUAAAAUGAUUAUUUGAUAAAAUAUUUUUUAAUUAAUAUUGUUUUUGGGAACAUAAUGCCAUGUAUUUGACCUUUCAAAUAUUUAAAUAAAUAAUAUAUAACUAUUUUUUAUAAAUACUAUAAAUGUAUAAAUUAUUAUACAUUUAUUAAUCUAUUGUAAUUAUAAUAAAUAUAAUAAUUUAUAAAUAAUUAGAUUGGCUGUUUCACUCUAAAACACAGAGGAUUGCAUCUGGAACUUUUUUGUUAUGGUCACAUAUUGCAAUUUUUAGAUGUGCUUUUUACACUUUCAAAUUGAGUUUUCAUAUUUUAUUUUAAGAUUGUAUCAGAUGAUGUUUUUUUUGUGUAAUUUGUUAAUUUAUGAUUUGUUUGCAGGAUUGAAUAAAACAAAUGACAAGAAAUGGUUACGGUUUGUUCUUCUCUAGACAAUAAGAUGCAAUUUUUAUUUUAAAAAUGAUUUAACGUUUUAACAUUUAACAUGAAAACAAGUGACAUUUUUAAAUACAUUUUUAUUUUCCAUUUUUAUUUUUGAAUUAAUAUUGGUUUUGGCCCUCCUGGACCUUCAACAUUUCAAACAGCCUAUUUAAAUAAAUAAAAUAUAACUAAUUUAUUGUAAAUACUACACACUUAUACAUUAUUAUAAAUGUAUUGUAAAUGAUAAUUUAUUAUAGAUUCAUAAAUACUAUAAUUUAUUAUACAUAGAU